AUGUCGACUCGCCGUUCGGCUCGCCUCAGCGCCCAAACGGCCACUAAGUCGGAGGUCCUCGGACCAGUCGCAGCGCCAAACGACCGCAAGCGAAAGACCGCACAAGAUACCAAACUCGACGAGGUACCGUCGCCGGCGCCAGCUGUGCCGGCGACGCCUCCGAGGAAGCGCACGCAACGAGCCGCCGUGGCGCUCCCAGUCACGCCUACGCCCAGUGCCGUCUCCCUCAUUGCGGAACGUAUUAAUGGCACGGCCGAGAAGCCACGCACCGCAGCUGUAUCGCGCUUUGCCGACCCAAACCGAACGAAUGCUCCGCUGCUGUCGCCCGAAUCUUCGCGGCUGGUCGCACCAGCCUUGGCGGUCCAGCCGAGCUCUGCCUCGCCGUCCAAAGCCGCUCGCCUUGCCCCGACAUCCUCUCUCGUCUCCGAUGUGAAUUCCCAGCCAACUACUACGGAGAAUAUCCUUGCUGAGGCUUGCGCCCAUCUGAUCCGUGUUGACCCGCGCAUGAAGGCUCUCAUCGACAAGCACCUUGCAGGGUCUUCUCUCCAGAGGGACUAG